AUGGGCACAACCACGGACAGUAACGAAGGUGGUCAUUUCAUGCCCAUAACGCACGUAUACGACCCUGUACUGGACCUUAACACCUCGUUCGAUCCAGAUAUCUUCGCAUUUCUCCAAGACUCGGACGAUAUUGUUGGUGGAUCAGGAUGUUAUUCGAACUCCAUUGUCUUGUACCCCUCCCAAUUGUCGAUAUCCUGGCCUAGCUACUUGCCCUGCUGUAGACAGAGCAAGCACUGGAAGGUAGCAGAAGGCAUGACCAAAGAACUGCUGGACGCUAUAUACAAGGACUCGGGUCGAGAUAAUAGAGUACUACCUGGGGAGCUUCAAGACACAUCGUUGGAUGUUAGAAGGCGGAAGGAGGUAGAGAUCAUAGCUACAUCAGUCAAGUCGACAGCGUAUAUGUAUCCAAAUGCAAGUCCAGUACGUGCGGGCAUGCUAAGUCAGACCAUGUUGGUUGUUUUUCUGCAUGACAAUGUUGUGGAUAGCUCUCCGUCGCGCGCUGUUAGUCUUAAGGGAUCUACAAUCACCGACGCCAUUUUCGCCCCAUAUGAGCCGAAGGCUGGCACCGCACAGAAGCGUUGCGAGGCUUUGUGGAGCUUCUUGACAGCAAUCAUUGAGGAAGACCCGAACCUUGGAAAGAGGCUCGUCUCCAGCGUACUCACCUGGCUCAGUCAUACUAAGGGGUAUCGGUCGAUCGCACCGACGGUCUUUGAGUCGUUGAGAAGCUAUCUAGAUUUUCGAUCAGAGGAUAUUGCUCUAGAAUUUCUCUUAGCACAGACUUUGUUUGCUAAUAACAUCCACCUUUCUGAAACCGAGAUACAAGUAUUCAGCAAGUUGAUGCGGAUAUAUGUGACUCACGUCUCUCUCACGAAUGAUCUUUACUCCUUCCAAAAGGAGAAUGAAGAGUACGAGCGAACCGGCGCACUGCUCAUCAACGCGGUCGAUGUUAUACGCAAGGAAUACCAGGUCUCCCCGGUGACGGCGAAGCAGCUUGCCCGGGGAUUUAUUUUGGACACAGAGUGUGAGUUUUCCGUGGAGUUUAAAAGGCUAAUAUUGUCGGGCCUCUUGAAUGAUGGUCAGAUCCGGUUCGCGAAGGCGUUGGCUGAAUGCCUUGCCGGAGAGAUCUUUUACUCGAUCACCUCUGGUCGGUAUGGAGGGGGAAAGGCUGCGAGGGUGAUCUCUGCGUGA